CCUGCAAAUAUCAUUUUCUGUUCCUGAGUUAAUGGAUAUACAUUCAAUCAGCAAUUUCUGUUUGAAACAUGCUUACCUGAUUUUCUGCACUGCUUCAACCUCACCUAAGUUGCGCACAGAUGGGAUGACGCCAUUGGAGCUGUUGGUUAUUGAUGAAGCAGCACAGCUUAAAGAAUGCGAAUCAGCCAUUCCCCUCCAACUCCCUGGUAUCCGGCAUGCCAUUCUCAUAGGUGACGAACAGCAACUUCCAGCAAUGGUUUUUAGCAAGAUUUCGGAGGAGGCUGAAUUUGGAAGAAGUCUGUUUGAAAGGUUGGUAUCAUUGGGACACAAGAAGCACCUUCUCAAUACCCAGUAUAGAAUGCACCCAUCAAUAAGCUUAUUCCCAAACACAGAAUUCUAUAGAAAGCAGAUUUUGGAUGCUCCAAAGGUCAAAGAAAGUAGCCAUAAAAGAGACUUCCUUCAAGGUAAUAUGUAUGGGGCCUAUUCAUUUAUAAAUGUUGCUUAUGGAACGGAAGGACAUGGGCAUGGCAAGAAAAACAUAGUGGAGGUGGCAGUGGUUUCUGAGAUUGUGGAAAGCCUCUUCAAAGCAUCGGUUGCUUCAAGGCAGAAGCUUAGUGUUGGUGUAAUAUCUCCAUAUAAUGCUCAAGUUUUUGCGAUUAAAGAGAGACUUGGAGGCACAUAUGAUACACAGAAUGACUUCUCUGUCAGUGUUCGGACUGUUGAUGGGUUUCAAGGUGGCGAGGAGGAUGUAAUAAUAAUCUCUACUGUCAGGUCGAAUGGGAAAGGAUCGGUGGGUUUCCUUGACAAACUUCAACGUACGAAUGUAGCUUUGACCAGGGCAAGGUACUGCCUCUGGGUAUUGGGGAAUGGUCCAACUUUAAUCGACAGUGGUUCCAUUUGGAGGAAACUAGUCCUUGAUGCAAAGAAUCGGGGAUGUUUCUUUGAUGCUGAUAAGGACAAGAGCUUGAUGGAAGCAAUAAUUGCGGGUCUGGUUGAACUUGGUGAAUUUGACAAGUUACUUGGUUUGGAUUCUCUGCUGUUUGAUGGUGCGAGGUGGAAGGUUCGCUUCACCAAUGAUUUCUGGAAUUCCAUGGGUAAAAUAAGAAAGAUUGAUACUCAGAAAGAAGUGAUUGCUCUAUUUAUGAAGCUAGCAAGUGGAUGGCGUCAUCUCCAGAAGCAGGAAGUUCUAUACUUAAUGGAUGGCAUUUCUUCUGAGCUGCUGGAAGUAUACAACAUCGAUGGGUUGUUCAAUCUUGUCUGGACUGUUGAUAUUCUCAGUGAAAAUCACAAGUACAUCCAAGUCUUGAAAGUUUGGGAUAUUUUACCAUUGGAAGAGAUACCAAAACUGGCAAAGAGACUGGAUGUUUUCUUUGGGAAGUAUAAAGCAGAUGAUAUUAACCGCUGCAAGUUCAAAUGUUCUGAAGGGAAUUUGGAAGUUCCAAUGAGUUGGGGAAUCUCAAGUGCUACAACUUUGAAGGAACAGAAUUUAUCUAGUCGUUUCGCUUCACUCCGUCUGGGGAAGGAAUGAAAUGCAUCAGCACCAGUAAAUGGGGAUAAGAAGAGUUGGUGGCUCAAGAUGCCUAAGCAUUUCAAGAAGGCUCAUGCAUUUGUCUAGCUUAUAGAAGAAUCUCUUAAAGUAUCUAAAAAUCCUUCUAUUGCAGACAUUUUCUAAUACAUAUCUCCUAUUUGAUAGGAUUUUGCUAUUGAUAAGGUAGAAAGAAAUAUUGUAGUAUUUUUUUGUAUAUCUUUUUUACUUUGUGGAGUCCUACUGGUGUUGCAUUUCUAGUAGUUGUACACAGCUAGUGUUGUAUCUCUGUUCUAAAUAUAAAUCAAAGCAAUCCCAAACAGCCCUCAA